AUGACACCUGAAGAAACGAUAGAAAGGUUAAAGUUACUGGGCCUAAACGAACAGAAAGCAAAAGAGACCUUAAAAAAUGCCAAUGUUACUAAAUUCUUGCUUGCGGCAUUAAAUGAGGUUAAAAUAGAACAGUUGCCUUCCGGCGCCGGGAUGUUGAUAUACCAUCUGGCGACUAAGAUUAAACCGCAGAUCGCUACUAAAUUGGCAUUUGUCUGCGGCUACAUCGCAGAAGGCAAACUUGAUUCAACAUUAAGAAUAGACGCUGCCUUAGAACACCUACUCAGUCAUGUUAGUGAUGCUAAUGUUGAUGUUAGUGCAUUUGAGAAAGCCUCCGGUGUUGGCGUGGUUGUCACGCCCGAACAAGUGGAGCAGGCCGUAGAGUUACAUAUGGCUCAAUAUAAAGCUGAACUUUUAGAGAAAAGGUAUAGAUUUAACUCUGGUACUAUAAUGCAAGCUGUAAGAGCUGAUCUGCCAUGGGCUGAUGGAAAGGCUAUUAGGAACGAAGUGGACAUUCAGAUUUUAGACUUAUUAGGACCUAAAACAGAAGCUGAUUUGGCUCCACCACCCAAAGUUGAUAAGAAACCUAAGGGUGAUGGUGGAAAAAAAGCUAAGAAGCCAGAAGAUAAAGUAUUGAAACCAGCCGAAAACCCUGAAAGAAUAGAUGAUAUCGGUGGAGCAUCUUCAAUAUCAGAAUUAAUGAAAAAGCUACCUUUUCAUGCGCCAGGAGAAAAUUUUAAAGCUGAUGGCUAUGUUGUAAACCCAGAUACCAAACGGUUACUUGCAGAACACCUCAAAAUUACAGGUGGUAAAGUUAGAACAAGAUUUCCGCCUGAACCUAAUGGUAUUUUACAUAUUGGGCAUGCAAAGGCAAUCAAUAUUAAUUUUGGAUAUGCAGCUGCUCAUGAUGGUGUUUGCUUCUUGAGAUAUGAUGAUACAAAUCCUGAAAAAGAAGAAGAAAAGUUCUUUACUGGCAUUAAAGAUAUGGUUGAGUGGUUAGGUUACAAGCCAUUUAAAAUAACACAUUCAUCAGACUACUUUGACCAGUUGUACAAAUGGGCUGUGGAGUUGAUUCACAAGGAUCUUGCUUAUGUAUGUCACCAAAGGUCAGAAGAGAUCAAGGGCUUCAAUCCACCACCAUCACCUUGGAGAAGCAGACCUGUAGAAGAAAGUUUACAACUAUUUGAGGAUAUGAAGAAUGGCAAAAUUGAUGAAGGUGAUGCCACACUUAGAAUGAAGAUCACUUUGGAGGAAGGUAAACAAGACCCAGUGGCAUACAGAAUAAGGUUUAAAGCCCACCACAGGACUGGGAACAAGUGGUGCAUCUACCCUACUUAUGACUACACUCAUUGUUUAUGUGACAGUAUAGAACAUAUUACACAUUCUUUGUGUACUAAAGAGUUUCAAUCUAGAAGGUCAUCAUAUUAUUGGUUAUGCAAUGCCCUUGGAAUUUACUGCCCUGUCCAGUGGGAGUAUGGACGGUUAAACGUGAAUUAUACUGUAGUAUCUAAAAGAAAAAUAGCAAAACUAAUAGAAGAAGAAGUUGUUAGAGACUGGGACGACCCGCGGCUGUACACGCUGUCGGCGCUGCGGCGUCGCGGCGUGCCACCCGCCGCCGUCAACUCGUUCUGCGCCGCGCUCGGCGUCACCGGCGCUCUCGGCGCCGUGGACCCCGCCAUGCUCGACGCCUCCGUCAGAGACGUGCUCAACCUCACCGCGCCCAGAAUUAUGAUAGUCCUUGAGCCAUUAAAGAUCACAAUCACAAACUUUCCAAGUGAUAAACCGAUACAAGUAACUGUACCUAAUUUCCCUAACCAGCCUGACAAAGGAUCGUACGCAGUAAUGUUUAAUAAAGUCAUUUAUAUUGAAACUACGGACUUUAAGGAAGAACCGGACAAAGGAUAUCGCCGUCUCACUCCGAAACAGACCGUGGGUUUAAGACAUGCUGGAUAUGUCAUCAAAGUAUCAGAAAUAAUUAAAGAUGCAAGUGGAAAAGUGCUUGAAGUACAAUGUACAGCGCAGCCGGCAGAUUCAGCGGAGAAACCCAAAGCUUUCAUUCACUGGGUUUCUGAGCCUGUUGAUGUUGAAGUCAGGUUGUAUGAGCCGCUGUUCAAACAUAAGAAUCCAGAAGACCCGAACGAGGUUCCGAACGGUUUCCUGUCUGAUUGUCGAGAGGACACCUUAAAGGUUGUAAACGCUUACGCGGAUGCUUCUAUCAAAGGAGCUCGAGUGUUCGAUAAAUUCCAAUUUGAAAGAAUUGGAUUCUUCUCUGUGGAUCCUGACACUACUGACAAAAAAAUAAUCUUCAAUAGAACUGUAUCCCUGAAAGAAGAUACAGGAAAAUAA